CAUGAACGCUUUUACAUAAUCAGUCUCACCAGGCGUACCAUACAGUGAUAACAUAAGUAUGCAAAUGUGAAGAGAUAAAUUACGUUCAUGUCGAUCAUCCUUUUUGAACCUUCCAAGCUCACUUAGACCCUGCUGUAAUAGCUCGACAUCACCAGCGACCCCACGAAUCACCGCCUAAACAGCCCGUGAUGGCCAACCCCGCAAAGCCCAUUCGCCUGUGGAUCACUCCUCCCGGACCCAACCCGUGGAAGACAGUUUUCCUGUUCGAGGAGCUCGGUUUGAACUAUGAGAUCAAGUCGUUCCGCUUUGACGAUGUCAAGAAAGAGCCAUUUAUUUCAGUCAACCCGAAUGGUCGUGUGCCGGCUAUUGAGGACCCGAACCUAGACCUCACAUUGUGGGAGUCAGGCGCCAUCUCGCAAUACGUGGUCGACGAAUACGACAAGGAGCACCGGCUGACCUACACCACAACCAAGGAGAAGAACCUUUGCAACCAAUAUCUCCAUUUUCAGAUGAGCGGACAAGGUCCAUACUUUGGGCAGUGCGGCAUCUUCCAGCAUCUGUGGCCUGAAAAGAUCCCCUCGGUCAUCGAGCGAUACGCCAACGAGAUCAAACGUGUGCUCGGUGUGUUGGAAACUGUACUAUCAGCCAAGCCCGCGGGUGCGCAAUGGCUGGUAGGUGACAAGAUGACAUAUGCGGACAUGGCCUUUGUGCCGUGGAACUUCCGUCUGAGCGAGGUGCUGAACCAGACCUGGGAUGAGAUCUGGGAUGGAGUCCCGCAUGUCCGGGCCUGGCAUGAGCGGAUGAUCGAGCUUCCAUCCUGGAGGCGCGCAAUGGACAUCCGUGCCCGUCUGAUGGAUGAGCAGGGCCUUCAGUGGAACGGCGUGCCGAAGGGAAUUGAAACUUUCACGGAGUACGAGAAGAAGAUUGCCGCUGGAGAGGACACGACGGACGAGCAGUGAGAGCCCAGUCAAGUGCGAGUGUUUGAGUGGGUAGGGUGAUGGAGGGGAAUAGUAGAUGUUUCAAACUCACAUUCAGC